AUGGCACCAAAAAAGGACAAAACGCAAGGCUCUGGCAAGAAGCCAGGCGCCAAACAACAGGUUGAGGACCGGACUUUUGGAAUGAAAAACAAGAAGGGAGCGCAGGCACAGAGGCAGAUUCAGCAGAUGACCAAGAAUUUGGCCGCUGGUGGUACUGCCGAAGAGAAGAAGAAGGCUGCAGACAGGGCCCAGCGCGAGAAGGAGAAGAAGGCAGCCGAAGAUGCCAAAAGGGAGACAGAGCUUCUACUCAACAAGGCAGCUCAAAUUCAGAGAGUGCCGUUCGGCACGGACCCCAAGACCGUCGUCUGCAUCUUCUUCAAGAAGGGCAACUGUGAAAAGGGAAAGAAGUGCAAGUUCUCCCACGACACUUCAAUCGAGCGCAAGACAGAGAAGAAGAACUUGUACACAGAUGCGCGAGAAGGAGAAGCGGAGGCUGAGAAGAAGAAGGCCGAGACGUCUGCUGAUUGGGACGAAGAUCAACUUCGAAAGGUGGUCCUGUCCAAGAAGGGCAACCAGAGAACGACAACGGAAAAGGUCUGCAAGUACUUUAUCCAAGCCAUUGAGGAUGGAAAGUACGGCUGGUUUUGGACUUGUCCGAAUGGAGGAGACAAGUGCAUCUUCGUAUUGAAAACGAAAGAACAACGUGCGGCUGAGAAGGCGCUUCUGGACAAGUCGCCACUCAAGACUCUCACCCUCGAAGACUUUCUGGAGUCUGAGCGUCACAAGCUCACUGGCACGCUCACGCCGGUCACACCGGAGAGCUUCGCCAAGUGGAAGAAGGAACGGCUGGACAAGAAAGCUGCAGAGGAGCAAGCAAGGAAAGCCAAGGAAACGACUGGUCGUGACUUGUUCGAGAGCGGCAAAUGGCGUGAUGAAGAUGACUCCGACGACGAUGCUGACGACGAUGUCUGGAACCUGGAGAGGAUGCGCAAGGAAACUGAAGCCAUCCAGGCGAAGAAGGAAGAAGACCGGAUGCUGUCUUCAUUCAAUGGAAGCGCGCCGCCGCCCGUUGAUCCUUCACUCGAGGCCGAGGCACCGGCAGAAGACGCUGGCAAAGAGGCUUCAGGUGAGGCGUCGGCAUCUGCAUCUGCAUCAUGA